UAAUUAAACUUUAUAAAUAUUAUUUUGUUCGCUCUUUAGCGUUUUGUUAUAAAAGAAAGACUAAGUGUGUGAUACAGCUAGUGUACUGGAUCUAGUCAAUAUGAUCGUCGCGUUCGUCUUGUUCGGUCUGAGUUUGGUUGCGUCGUACAAUAAAUCGUCUGUGAAUAUGUGCUUGUGGCAUAAUAAUACAUGUGUUGAUAUCUGCCCAGAAUGGAUGAUCCAAAGAAAAAGCAACUGCUCAGCAUCAUAUUGGCCAGCUCAAAAAACUUGCGAGCAUCCAGAACAAAUGCUUGUUGGGACCGUUUGCGGAUUUUCAAGAUGUGACUGUCCUGAUCCUCUUGUGCUGGACACGGAAACCGGUUUCUGCUAUGAUGUAGACAAUUGUCCAACAAAACAUAUGGUGUAAAAUUUUUGUUAAGUAGCAAACUGAUAAAUAAUUAAUGUUAGUGCACACAAUGUCAUCAUUAGAUUUAAGUACCUAGAUGUAAUGAGUUACAAUUAGACUCAGUCAAGAUUUUUGUUAUUAA